AUGGCAAUCGCCGAGGCCGAGGAUGAGGCGGCUCGAGCUAGGCUAGAGGCUAAGUUGUGGUCCGAGGACCCGGCGCGACACGUGAGGUUACCCAUGACAGUUAUAACGAGCAGGUCACCAGCUGAGAUGAAGACGCCGCCACAGCCUGAGCAAGAAGUACCGGAUGAGAGUCGUGAGGAUCCGUUAGGGAGAUUGGUGCAUUCGAUUACUUCUUCCCAUCUGACUAAACCUGCGCACAGCUCUUCUCCGGCCCGGGUGGUUGGUGGCCAGAACUCUACUGGAUCCAGAGAGGUUGGAAAGUUCUUCCAAGGUAUCGCUAAGCCUCACCUACCGAAGUUUGAUGGUAAUCGAGAUCUUUACGAGGAUUGGCGGGCACAGUUUGAAGUUUUCGUGGAGCAGGCUGAAGUCCCGAUCAGAUUUAAAAUGAUCAUGCUUAAGAACGCCCUGAUAGGACGCGCCGGCAAGCUGGUCGAGAAUCUCGGUUUUACCGAAGCCCAGUACUCUAUCGCCCUCUUUAAGUUGGAUCAGCGCUAUGGCGGAGAGUCAAGGAUCUUGAAGAAAUACAUCGACCAGUUGAUGGCACUCAACGAGGUCAGUGAACAGGAUUUGAAGGGAUUGGAGGAUCUGGCGAACCAUUUAUGCGAUGUAGUGUCGAAGUUAGCAGAUACAGACCAUGCCCAGGAGUUAGUUGGACAGAACACGUUGUAUGCUCUCGUGAGGCGGAAGGUGCCCGUUUCCCUGUUGGUAAAAUACACAGAGUCGGACACUUCGACGAGGAUAGAUGGGUUGGCAGUAUUCGCCAAAUGGUUCAACCAUCAUGUAUGUUUGAUGAUUGAAAUGACUGACUUGAGGGAGUCACGCCGCAAGGGACCAAGCCAGACUAAUGCUAACAAGUUGGUGAAACGACCAGACAAGAGCACGGCCUAUGCUUCGACUGCGACCGCUUACUCCGGGACGACGUCUAAACCAGCUGACGCAGAAAACCAGUAUUCCUUCCCUUUGUGUAAGGCCGCACAUCACAUCGUCAAGUGUGACAGAUGGACACCUACUACUACUAGCCAACGUUGGGACAUUGCUAAGGAGAAGGCCCUGUGCUAUAGAUGCCUGUGUAGCAACCAUAUGGGCAAGGAUUGCCAGAAGGGAUCCCGCAAGUGUGGGAUUGACGGCUGUCAGAAGAACCAUCAUCGUCACUUGCACAGAAGGAAGCCGAAGACAGAUGUGUCGGUCGAGCCUAAAGACCAUGCCAACAACAUGUUUGGAGUCGCCAAGGAUGGAAGAGUUUAUCCAAGCAAGGUCGCCCUACGAGUCAUCCCAGUUUAUGUAGUUGGGAGUCGAGGACAACGUCAACGACUGAACGCGCUGUUGGAUGAUGGCUCAGAUUCAACAUAUAUAACCAGAUCUGCAGCAGAAGCCUUAAACACCCCUGUGCAGGAACAGGCCUUGAGUGUAUCUACUUUAACUGACCCUAAGAAAUCCCUACGUAGUGGCCUGACGGUGAUGACGAUCGAAAGCUUGAGCGGCGAGAUAACGGCCAAGGUGGGAGCACGAGUUCUUGACAGGUUGUGUGAGAAUCUACCGCCGCAAAAUUGGCAGCAUCUACGAGAUCAAUGGUCUCAUUUGAAGGGAAUCGAGUUCCCAAGAGUAGAUUGGUGCAAGACCGUCGAUAUUUUAAUUGGUGCUGAUCACCCGGAAUUGACGUUAGCAUUGGAGGAGCGACCGGGCCAACUGGGAGAGCCGGUGGCAAGGCUGACACCUCUGGGAUGGACAUGCACAGGGUCCAUUGAGGUGGUCACUCCUUUGACCAGCAAUUCUGUUACGACUGCAAAUACUUAUUCAACAAUUACGGAUCGUCAGUUGGACGAGAGCCUCCGAUCAUUGUGGAACAUGGAUGUGUUCACAACUACAUCAGAGACCAACUUCACUCCAGAAGAGCGGGCGAUCAUCAAGAGGACUGAGGCCUCCAAGGUGUACACAGACAAUCGCUAUGAAGUUUCGAUUCCGUGGGUUGGCGACACCACUGACUUACCAAACAACUUUCAGGAAGCUCGGCGCCGCCUGUUGUCUAUAGAGCGUACUCUCCUCAAGAAACCACACUUAGCCGAAAAGUACUGCGACUGGAUGAGGCAGAAUAUCCAGAAGGGGUAUCUGCAAGAGAUUGAAGCUGCUAAUGCCGAAGGGGGUUGGUAUUUGCCACAUUUCCCAGUCGUACGGUAG